CACACCCCUCGCCAGACUCCGAGCGAUCCCGCAAUCUCACGAUCCACAACUUCCGAGGGGGACGACAAGCCGGAACCAUUCUCCCACCGGUAUGGGAAAUGCAUCAAGAUCCUGCACUACGGCUCGUCCACGUUUGUGGGCCUGUACGCCAAGAAACCACCGAGGCACUCGGGACAAGAGCAUCUGUACGCCGUCAAAGUCCGCCACCGUUCCCCCGGAAGACUCUUAGACGAGUACCGCCGCGCAGCGAUGGCCAUCUCCUCGGUCGUCCAACAUCCGAACGUCGUGCGCACCAUCGAGCACUGCUACAACGACAAAGGGGAUCUGCACUCCGUCAUGGAAUACUGCGGCGGCGGCAGUCUGCAGACCCUCCUUCUGCGAACGGGGAAGCUCUCCGCCGUGGAAGCGGACUGCUUCUUCAAGCAGCUGCUGCGCGGGGUCUCGUUCCUCCAUGGCGAGGGGAUCGUGCACCGACGACUGCGGGCGGAGAAUGUACUGCUGACUGUGAAUGGGGCGGUGAAGGUGGCGCAUUUCGAUAGUGCCGAGUGGUUGCCGAAGGACUCGCGACCGUUGCCAAAAGCGCAACCCCCGUUGGAGCAGGUGCCGUAUACCGCGCCGGAGGUGCUGCGUGGUCGCGAGCACGAUCCCCGGGCCACCGAUGUCUGGGCCGUGGGCUUGGUCUAUGCGUUUAUGCGGCUGGGCAUGCUCUUGUGGAAGGUGGCUAGCGACGAGGAUCGGAAUUUUCAGUGGUAUUUGCGGACACGGGAGGAUGUGGAAGGGUUUACUACUAUUGAGGAGUUUGGAAGUGAUCGCUGCUGCAAUGUGAUCUAUGCCAUGCUCGAUCCAAAGCCUGAACGCCGGAUCACAGCAUAUGAGGCCCUUCAUUCGGAAUGGAUUCAUGAGGUUGUGGUCUGCGCUGCGGGGGAGGCGGGG